AUGAGCAUUUGUUGUUUGAUUUCAGAUUCCACAUUGUCGAGUUAUACAUACUCAUCAUAACAAUAUCCUAUAAUGUUCAGCGAUAGCCCUGCGAACGUCGUCGGGUUCAAUCACCUUGCAAUACAUAAAAAGGAAAAAACAGACGUUUCUUGUCAAUACGCAGGACUACGAACCGAAGACAAACUGUGCGGCACCACAGAUGUAAAAACUACAUCGACUCAAUCCGUUGAUGAACAAGACCGCAAUGAAAAUAAUGUUGACUGGGACGCGCUGAAUAGAUCUCUUAAAAAAUGCUUGAAAAUUCUCGAGACUGACCGUAACGAUUGGCCGACUGUUGACGGUCAUGUCUAUUCAAACGAUGUUGAAGCAACUGGCAAUGUCAAUUUGAUGGUGUCGUUGAAACAACAGCCACAAUUUGGAACGAAAAAAAUUAGUGCAUUGAAAUGGAACUGCAAUGGUGAUAAACUGAUGGUGGCGACAGGCGAACAUAAUCACUCACAAUGGUGUAAUCAUUUAAAUUCGAUUUUUGUAUUCUCUACAAAUGAUUUGGAAGAAGCUAACUGCACUGCAUCAAACAAACUAGAAGUCACGUCAUGUAUCAACUGUCUGGCAGCACAUCCGACCAAUGAACACCUUAUAACGGCUGGCUUAUACAAUGGUGAAGUGUUUGUUUGUAACACCAACGGGAACAUGGAAAUAGCUUUACUAGAUUGGCAUACUCACAUGGUGAUAGAAAUAUUAUGGUUUACAAGAUCCGAUCAUCGUACGGUUUUAGUGACGGCUGGCAAAGACGGAUACGUAUGCGUAGGUGUCAUGGUCAGCAACAAUAUCAAAUACACCCAAAGAUUAUACAGAUACUUGGUCGGUGUUCCAGACAAAAUUGGCAUUCAAUGUUUCGAUUACACAGACAGGCAUUUCGGCGUAGCUCUAGAAAACGGUACUAUGUCUUGUUACAUGUGUUCGACAGGAAGAAAUGCUAAAGAUGAUAAGGUCAUUGACGCUGUAACAAUAAAUGAAUAUCGAGGAAAUUCGAUGACAGUCGAAUGCAUGAAGUUUUGCCAGAAAAAUAGUGAUCUAUUCGUCGUGACUCAGUUUGACUUCACAAUAUUACUCUACAAUAUCUACCAGAAAAAUCCUGUUAAAACUAUUUUUCAUAGCAAACUAAUAACCAGAUUAUGUUGGUGUUUACAUGACGAAAACAUUGUUUAUGUCGGAAGAGAAAAUGGAGAAAUCGCUAAAGUCAAUAUAAAUAAAGGAACUAUUGUAACGGCCAAGAAAAUCACGGACGGUAAUUUUACUUCAAUAGAUAUAAAUAAGAGAAAACCUAUUAUCGCUAUCGGUACAAUGGAAGGGAAUAUUCAUAUAAGUAGCUAUUAG